CUCAGAGGUCUCCUCUCUCACCCCACUGCUCUCCCAAAGCAGAGAGUUAUUUCCUUCCUUUCUUCAACCACAACAACAGCCCAGCCAUGGAUGUCUUCUCCCCAUCCCAGGUCUUCUAUGACAGCGCCUGUGCCUCCUCGCCAGAGGACCUGGACUUCGGCCCCGGGGAACUGGACGGCUCAGAGGAGGACGAGCACGUCCGGGUCCCUGGGACACCUCACCAGGCGGGUCACUGCCUUCAGUGGGCCUGCAAGGCCUGCAAGCGUAAGUCCAGCACAGUGGACCGGCGGCGGGCUGCCACCAUGAGGGAACGACGCCGGCUGAAAAAGGUGAACCACGGCUUCGAGGCUCUGAGGCGCUGCACCUCAGCCAACCCCAGCCAGAGGCUGCCUAAGGUGGAGAUCCUGCGCAACGCCAUCCAGUACAUCGAGAGCCUCCAGGAGCUGCUCCAUGAGCAUGUGGAGAACUACUACGGCCUUCCAGGGGAGAGCAGCUCAGAGCCUGGGAGCCCCUCGUCCAGCUGCUCCGACAGCAUGGUUGACUGUAACAGUCCUGUUGUGUGGCCUCAGAUGAACACAAGCUUUGGCAACAACUACAGUUACAUUAAGAAUGUGAGCUCUGGAGAGAGAGGUGCUGGUGCCUCCAGCCUGGCCUGCCUGUCGAGCAUAGUAGAUCGCCUCUCCUCGGUGGAUGCCAGUGCCCCAGCAGGGCUCAGAGAUAUGCUUACCUUCUCGCCCUCCAGCACCGACUCCCAGCCUUGCACUCCAGAAAGCCCCGGGACCAGACCUGUGUACCACGUGUUGUGAAGAAAACCUGCAUUAGAAUAAGAAUAAUCUGAUGGCCCUGAUCUUCAACCGCAUACCGCUUUUGCUUCCUAUUUCGGUGAUGGCUAAGAUCGAUCAACACCUGCCAACUUUUGUAUUGUAAAUAAGAUUGUAAAUAUGUACUGUAAAUGUUCAUUUAUUUUAAACAAUAUUAUACCAAAUGUAACAUAUUUAAUUGAUCCUUUUCAUGUGUCUGUCCUAAUAUAGACCUAUGCAUCAUUGAAACAAGUUGUAUUUAAGCUAUUGCAUUUGUUAGCUUCACGUUUCUCAUGAUCAAUAAACGUUUCAACAAUUCUA